AUGCAUUGCAUAGCAAGAAAUAAUGUUUUUAUAGUGAGUAAUUACCUUGGAGAAAUGAACCAUAUUUGUCAAUAUUGUGGUGCCAAAAAAUUUUUAAAUGAAACACAUUUUCUGUGCUGCCAUUCUGGAAAAGUUGCGUUAGCUCCACUUUCGCCUUAUCCACUGCUCAUGCACGAUUUAAUGACAGCAAGAAUAGCUCCUCCGUCUGAUCAUGGGCCGCCCUGUUUUAGGAUUUGCGGACAAAUUGUGCAUCGUGUUGGUAAUCUGAGACCUGAUCAAAAUGUUCUGCCUGCAUAUUGUCAGUUAUAUGUUUAUGAUCCUAAUACUGCUUUAAAUUUUCGAAUGGAGCAAAAUGAUUGUUGCAUACGUGAGUUGAUGGAAUUUUUGCAGACUAUAAUUAGUCAAGAGAACCCAUUUGCUCUUGCAUUUAAAAACAUGGCUGAAAUUGAAGAUGAAGAAGUACGUCAAGCAGCUUUAGAAGGUCGACCAACUUCGAUUGUUAAAAUGUCAUUGCUUGAAGGUGGUGAUAGACGUCGAUACAAUCUUCCUUUACAUGAGGAAGUUGCCAUUGUUUUUGUUGGGGAUGAUGGUGCUCCACCUCCAUCUAGGGAAGUAGUUAUAUACCCUCGAGGUCAGGCCUUAAAAACAAUUUCAAGUAUGUCUGCAAAUCUAGAUCCAAUGAUAUAUCCAAUAUUUUUUCCAAGAGGUGAUGCUGGAUGGCAUGAGCAACUAGAGCAUCAUCCUGACCGAGCUACACGUGUUAGAAAUCGGGUUACUUUGUCUCAGUACUACAAUUACAGGCUUUCUGUUAGAGAAACCUUUAAUUCUAUAUUUUAUGGUAAGAAGCUUUUUCAACAGUAUGCUGUUGAUGCAUAUGUCAAGAUUGAAGGUCAGCGCCUUGCUUUUAUUAGAAAUAACCAAAACAGACUUAGAAGUGAACAAUAUGAUACAUUAUAUGAACAUGUAAAUAACGCUGCAAAUAACCUUAAUGUAAGACCAGGUCGUGUUGUUAUACUACCAUCCUCAUAUGUUGGAAGUCCAAGAGCUUUAAAAGAAAAUUUUGAAGAUGCAAUGGCAAUUAUAAAGAGAUAUGGCAAACCAGAUCUUUUUAUUACUUUUACCUGCAAUCCAAAAUGGAAAGAAAUUACAGAAAAUUUAAAUCCAGGUGAGAGCCCAUCUGACAGACCUGAUUUAGUUUGUCGUGUAUUUAAGAUGAAACUUAAAUGCUUCCUAGAUGAUAUUUUUAAACACGGAGUCUUAGGUAAAGUUAUAAGUCAUGUACAGGUUAUUGAGUUUCAAAAACGUGGUUUGCCACAUGUACAUAUUUUAUUGCACUUUGUAAAUGAUGAUAAGCUAGAAACAGCAGAGGAUAUUGAUAGUCUAAUAUCAGCUGAAAUUCCAGAUCAAACUGUUGAUCCUGAACUUUUUGAAAUUAUAAAAACAUGUAUGAUUCACGGACCAUGUGGAAUUUUGAAUCCUAAUUCUUCUUGCAUGAAAGAUGGGAUUUGCACAAAAAAGUUUCCUAAAGAAUUUAAUCCUCACACUGUUGCAACUUUCAAUGGCUAUCCUCACUACAGGCGUUUAGAUAAUGGUAGAGUAGUCGUUAUAAAAGGUAACCAAGUUGAUAAUCGAUGGGGGCAUGAUUGUGCUCAUGUGUUAAUUAAUGAAAGUCUUGACCAUGAUGAAAUUAACACAUAUUUAAAUUGUCGCUUUGUUUCUGCACCAGAGGCUCUUUGGCGAAUAUUUGAGUAUUCCAUAAGUGAUAUGUCACAUACUAUUAUCCGCCUUCAAGUCCACCUUCCUAAUAAUCAGAGGGUAUAUUUUAACGAAAGAGAAGAACGAGUAGCUAUAGAUCGUGCUGCACAGCGUGACACUCACCUAACCGCUUGGUUUAAAUUAAAUGCUGAGAUAAAUGAAGAACGUCAGUAUUCUUAUGUUGAAAUUCCGUAUCACUUUGUUUUUGAUGGUAAAAAUUGCAAGUGGAAAGUAAGACAAAGAGGCAGUGAUAAGGUGAUUGUGCGAAUAUUGUUGCUUUUGCAUGUAAAAGGUGCAAUGUCUUUUGAGGAUUUGCGUACUAUUCAUGCCACUGUUUUUAAUACAUUUCGUGAAGCAUGUUAUCGAUUAGGUCUAUUGCAAGAUGACAUUGAAUGGAGAAAUACAUUAACUGAAGCUGUAGCAACUCGAAUGCCUAAACAAAUUAGGCAACUGUUUUCCAUCAUAUUGACUUUAUGUGAACCUGAUGAUCCUUUACACCUUUGGAAUACAUUUAAAGAUUAUAUGAUUGAGGAUUACAUACACCAUUCAAUGCCAGUUGUACUUGCUGAACAGACUGCUCUUCGUCAAAUUGAAUCUAUAAUUAAUCAGAGUGGUAAAACUUUAACUGAUUAUAAUUUGCCUACAUUAGAUCAGUUAUUAGAUAAUGUCCUAGAAAAUGAUGAUGGAGAUAUUCAGGUAUUUAUUGAUGAAGCAAAUCGAGUUAGACCAUUAUUAAACGAUAAUCAGCGUAAUGUAGCUGAUGCAAUCCUUGCUGCACUUAGUGAAGAACCUAAUAAUGAAAAUAAGCAUUCAAGAUUUUUCUUUAUUGAUAGGCCUGCCGGUUGUGGUAAAACAUUUACUUACAAUUAUUUAAUUGCUGAAACACGCAGCAGGCAUAUUAGAACUGCAACAGCUGCAUGGACAGGAAUAGCUGCAACUCUUUUUAAGAAUGGAUGUACAUUGCACGGCUUAUUCAAACUUCCUGUUCCAAUUUUGGAAACUAGCACAUGUAAUGUAACUCCAAACUCCAUUCAUGGUAGAUUCCUGAGACAAGUUAGUUUAUAUUUACUCGAUGAAGCAUCUAUGAUACCCAAACAUGCUUUGAGUGCCAUUGAUAAGUUAUUACAAGAUAUUUGUAAUAAUAAGUUUCCUUUUGGUGGUAAAGUUAUUCUUAUGGGUGGAGAUUUUCGACAAAUACUUCCAGUUGUGAAGAGAAGUCGACCAGCAGAUGUUGUAGAAUCAUGUAUAAAGUGUUCUGAACAUUGGCAAUAUGUGCAAAGGUUUUCAUUAACUGAAAAUAUGAGGGUUCAGAUAGGAGAAGAAGAAUUUUCUCAAUGGCUUUUAAAGCUUGGAAGUGGAACAUUACCUGUCAAGCCUGAAGAUCCUUUGCAAGAGUGUAUUGAAAUACCUGAGCAGUGUUUUCUCAAUGAUAAUGAAUCUAUUGUGGAAAAGAUUUUUGGUGGUGCAGAAGAAGCUGAUUAUGCAAAACGUGCUAUUUUAACACCAACAAAUGUUGAUUCAUUGGCAAUAAAUGAAGAAGUCCUUCAUCGAUUACCGGGUGAUGUUAAAACUUAUUUAAGUUCAGAUAGCAUUGAAACUGAUGAUCAUAAUGAAAUUUAUAAUUUUCCAGUUGAGUUUUUAAAUACUUUGACUCCAUCAGAUUUCAAAGGUGGACUUUGUAAUGGAACACGUUUGAUGGUGCGUGCACUACACAACAAUUACAUUGAUGGUGAGGUUCUAACAGGUGUAUCAGCUGGUAACAGGGUAUUUGUUCCUCGAGUUCAAUUAGCUCCAUCAGAUUCAAAUUUACCUUUUACACUUAAACAUCGUCAAUUUCCAGUUAGGUUAGCAUACUCAAUGACCAUAAAUAAAAGUCAAGGUCAAACAUUUGAUAAAGUUUAA